AUGUUAGAGAAGGCGUCAAGAAAUGGAAUAACGAAGGUUAAAUUGAAGCAGGUUCCAAGGUUCCUUGUUAAUGCGUUCAAUUUUAUAAAUAGAAAUGGAUUGAUGCUCGAAGGACUGUUUCGGCGCGAAGGAAACGCGGCUCGUCUCAAUCAGAACAAUUAUGCUGUCUACUUGGGCGAGGCUCCUAUACCCUCCACUUUCACCGUACAUGAUGUGUGUUCGAUGGUGAAACGAUUUUUCCGAGAUCUAAAGAAACCGCUCCUUCCGAACGCCACUCUGCGGAAGGCUUUGUUGGAACUCGUUAAAAAGAAUGAGGAUGCUCCGAUAACGAUCCACGACUUCAAUUCGGUCUUUGAAGUUGGAUUUGAGAUGGCAAAGAGAAAUUUGGAUCGUGUUUUACCUGAUGCUCAUAUGGGUACUCUUGGCUAUCUAAUGAGGCAGUUGUUAGGAAUAUCUCGGCACUCCGACAAGCACCAAAUGGAUGCUGCGAAUCUUGCAACGGUGUUUGCGCCGACCAUUUUUCGCGAUGAGAAAAUAAGACGGAAAGAUAGAAGAGGAUCUCAGGAUGACCUUCUCACUGUUCUCCGAAGUGACACAAAGAUGCAAAUUGCUGCUGUACAACUUCUAAUAGAACGAGCCAAUUGGAUAGGACUUCAUCCAAAUUGUUAUGUGACAAGUGUACACCAUCAUAGAAGUAACUCUGCUGCAGCGUCUCCACGACAACCAUUCAUGUCAGCUGCGGUGAGCUUGAAAGAUCCAUCAGAACGGAAACCCUCUUCUUCAAGACGGAAUGACCUCACCGUUCCAUCAGUUUCUCGACAGGAAUCGUCCUUGAAAACUCAGAUCGAUGCUUUAAGACACCAGAAAUCAUCAACUAAGCGGCGGUCAUCGUCAGCAUUCCGUGGAAUUAUUAAUGGUAUAGGUGACCGUAUUCUAAGAAGGAGCCCGAGUAGAGAGCGCGGCAAGGCUACUAAUCGUCGUCAAAGCUCACCUGCUAUUGUGGUCGCAGGUGAAAUACAACAUCGUCCCCGAUUACGCCACGACAUCAUCACGCGCCUCCUCACAGCAGUUCAGUCAGCUGAAGCACUUGGUGCCCACAUUGCUCAUGGACAUGAGCCCCUACAAUCAUCCUCUACUCGUACAUCUCGUAGUCGCCAGCCCGUUGCAAUAACUUCAACCAGACCAGCGGCUCAUCUAGCAGAGCACCAGGGUAGGAUAUCGAGAACCGGUGGCUCCCAGUCAAUUGGCAGAUCUUCCCAUCGGCACACUGAGGUAGUGGUCCAUAGGCGGGAUUCCGGAAAGAAGCGCGGCGAAACACCUCCGAGGAGAAUCAACAAGGUGCUCAAGGAUAAUCCGGUGUCCAUGCUUGGCGAAGAGCAUUUCAAUCCUUCUUAUCGUGAGCAACAUGAGAGGUCACGACGUCGUCAUACUACGCCAGUUAAGACAUCGACUGCACUGAGGCGGAAUCAGCCAAAUACGCGGCACUCGGGAUUACAACAGCCGAAGAGGCGCGCAACUGUAGUGAAUGUUCAUGAACAGGAGAAAGAGAAUCGCCAUCGAACUGGAUCUGUAAGCACCACUAACUCUUGCGACGACAUCGAAGGGGCAUACACAGAGGACAGCCUAAACUUGGCAGACUCUUCGGUCGAUAUACUCACUCAGCUGUCUCGUUUUCUGCAGCUGUGCAGUUCGUAUCUGGUUCAGAAAGGCCAUGAAUCACGUUUGAGAAGGGCAAAAAGGCAACAGCGACGAGAAUUGUCUUCAAUUCUUCAGGAUUCUUUGUUUGAUUCCAGCUCUUCUAAGGAGCCUGUAGAGAGGAAAGAGAAUGUAUUAGACCGUGUUAGGACGGUUUCUGUUGGAUGUUCACCGAUAAUCUUUCCACGCACCCCCGGCGAGUCGAAGGAGAGUCGUGGAUCUGCCGUCGUGGGCGAGACAGUAGUGGUUACGCCUGUAUCGAUUCCUCCUUCUGACGAAUCAUUACCAGUAAACCUCCCAACCGAUAUAUGUGCGUCACCGCCUCCGCAGACGCAUUCAGAUGCACGUCCUCUUGUUACUAAGCAUUCUCCAUCGAAAACUGCAGCAGUAGUUUCGAAGCAAACGCCCACCAAAAGAGUCCUGCCACAGGAGCGUGUCACGCAUGGUUCUUCCGGUGACGGUUCGAAUAAAGAGUAUCAGCAAGUGGUUUUCCGCGUUCCUUCCCUACCCACAUCGAAUUUGAUUCCUCCUCCGAAGCUUGGCUCAUCUAGCGGCCUAACAAACAACGUCAAUCUGGAGAAAAAAGGAAAAGCCAUCCCGACCGCUGUCGCCAAAGCGCCUACCGUCUGCGUUGCCGCACAGGGUUUGGCAGUGUUGAAGUCCUCAGUAAGCGAGGAUAAUGGCGACCGAUUUGUGAAGCCGAAGAAGAGCACAUCAGAAGCCCAAAGCGCACUCGCCAGUUCAAGUUCAAGUUCGGUAGCUCGCGAUGAGCCGUUCGUGGCUUCGAAGGAAAUGAAAUCAGCCAUUUUGAGUGCGAAUUGUCAAGGAGAUUUGGUGAGCUGCAUUAUCUGA